AUGAUUGCGUUCGCCUCCUUUGCACAACCACCGCAAGAUGCCAUAUUCCCGCGACAUCAUCCGGACGUGGUGGAUGACAUGGAUGUAGACCUUGGGGAGGACGACUUCGAACGCGGUUAUCAACGACUGACUUGCCCCGGCGAGCCCAUCACGUCUUCUCAAGCAUUCAUGCGAGGCCAUGGAACAUAUGUAGAUAAUGAAGAAGUUAUUGCUUCUGUGGCAGGCACCAUUGAGCGCGUGAACAAAUUAGUCACGGUACGCGCAGUCCGGAGCAGGUACAACCCGGAGGUCGGUGAUUUGGUAGUGGGGCGAAUAACAGAAGUCCAGCCUCGUCGAUGGAAGGUGGAUGCGAACUCAAGGCAAGACGCAGUUCUGAUGUUGUCAUCUGUCAAUUUGCCAGGAGGGGUACAGCGCCGCAAACUGGAGAGCGACGAGUUGCAAAUGCGUACGUUUUUCGAGGACGGUGACCUCUUGGUUGCAGAGGUGCAAGCUUUCUUCGCCGACGGUGCCAUGUCUUUGCAUACCCGCUCGCUGCGAUACGGCAAGCUUCGUAACGGGCAGUUGGUCACAGUACCUCCGGCUUUGAUUCGGCGGCUGAAGUCCCACUUCAUCUCACUGCCGUGUGGUGUAGACCUCAUCCUCGGCCUUAAUGGCUACAUAUGGGUUAGCAAGCAUAUGAGCCAGAGCCAACAAGAGGGAGAUGCAUUCGACGGAGAAGCGGUAUAUUCGAACCGGAAUGAUGAGAUUGACGGCGCGACGCGCAUUGCUAUAUCGCGAGUCAGCAAUAUCAUUCGCGUUUUCGGUGCACACUUCAUUCCCUUGACGGAUACAUUGCUCCUUGAGGCAUAUGAAUGGGCGGUUGAACAGGAAGGCGACGUGCGCGACUUAUUGCAGGAGGACGUCGGCGAUGCUCUGGUAGCUACUGUCACUGCGCACAAUUAA